GAAGGGGACUUGUUGCACGAGGCGCGAACAUUUCAGACGUUCGUUGAAAUCGGCUCAGAGAAUCGUGCCCUGCAUGGAGAGAAAAUCUGGCUAAGAAAACAACCGUUAUAAGUCACUCUUAUACUAUUAAGCUACCGUGAUAGCGUAAUUACUGUAUUCACUGUUGUAAUGGCAGGAAAUCGGCCCGAUAGCGAAGCAUUUGUGAGUCUGGUUACAAACGACAACUACGCUAAUGGUGCGCUAGUGUUGGGGUACUCUCUACGUCGAGUGAAUACGACAAGAAAACUGGCCCUUCUCGUUACGAACCAAGUCAGCGAGGGAAUGAGGGAGCAGUUGCUUAGAGUAUGGGAUCACCUUGAAACAGUAGACCCAUUAGACAGUCAAGACGAUGCUAACCUGGCCCUUCUUAGCCGUCCAGAAUUAGGAAUAACCUUCACCAAGAUAAGGUGCUGGAAUUUGACACAUUAUCAGAAAUGUGUAUUCAUGGAUGCAGAUAUGCUCGUCUUACAGAACUGUGAUGAGCUAUUUGAUCGGUGCGAGCUGUCAGCUGUACCAGAUAUUGGCUGGCCUGACUGUUUUAAUUCUGGGAUGUUUGUGUUUGAACCUUCAAGAGCAACCCAUGAAGCACUUUUAAAGUAUGCUAUAGACCAUGGAAGCUUUGAUGGUGGUGACCAAGGACUGCUGAAUUCGUUCUUUAGCCAAUGGUCUCACGAGGAUAUCUCUACUCAUCUGUCGUUUAUUUACAAUAUGAAUUCCAAUGCAAGCUACACAUAUGCACCUGCCUAUAAAGAGUUUGGCAAGAAUGUGAAGAUAGUGCAUUUCAUUGGCCCUGUAAAACCCUGGCAGUACUCCUACAGCGAGACCUCUUCUACAGCAUAUGUGCCAUCAUCAAACAACAUUCCACAUGAGCGCAGUUAUAUUCAGCUGUGGUGGGAUAUAUACAACACAUUUGUCCUUCCUGGAAUGAGGCAAUGCGGUGAUUGCUCCACGCCACCAUCACCCGUUCACCCUUACUAUCAUGAACCCAGUCCGUCGGAUACUCCUUACAUUCCUACACCUGACCAGUUUGAGGAUUCCACAUAUCACCAUGAACAUUCUCGGCACCCUGUGUCAGAUUAUAUACCAGAGCACGAUGUGCCAGACAAAAAACCCGAACAUCACGUGCCAGACAAUAAGCCAGAGCAUCACAUACCAGACUAUGUUCCUACACAUAGUCUGGACUCGGAGGAUGGCCCUAGCAACCCCUCAUAUUUCACCGACGAGCCACGUCAUACCGAAGAUAACCAGCUGUCAGAUAAAAUAGAUGACGUCAACAUACACCAAGUAUCUGAGGACAUUGCAUUGCUUCACCUACAGCACCUGCCCAACAUGCCGGCAAUUCCAGAAGAGGGAUCUAACGGCCACAGGAAGCAAUGGGAAAAUGGCAGACCAGAUUACAAUGGCCGUGACAGCUUCCCCAACAUUCAAAAUGUCCUAGACUCUGUCCUUGAAGGGGAAAAUCGCCCUAUUGAAGAUGUCCCAGAAUUUAUAUAGAUUUAAACACAAUAGAGAAUGUGUUUGACUGAAGACACACCAUAGACUGGUACAGUUGCUCCUGAAAAUGUUUUAGGUAGUAGCAUUGACCAUGAAACCAUGAUAUAAAGGAGUAAAUCCUCCAUUCAAAAAUUAGCAAGACUAGGAUUGACAUGAAAUCUGUACUCUGUUAGGGUAAGCAAGGUGCCUUUUAUUCAUGGUCUUUCAUGGUGAGCAACAGUUUUACAGUAGAUUUGUAAUCUAAUUACUUUGCACUGUAGAUGAAAUUUCAACUGCAAAUAAAACCUUUUAGAAUGCAAAAAGGAAGUAUUCCCAAAUCGAGAAUGGAUGUUUAUCAAAGAUAAUUGUUUUCUGUUUGAUUAGACUUCAACUUUUAAAAUGUAAGCACUUACUUUGAGGUGGAGAAACUAAGGACUAAGAUACGAGUACUUCUAUGAGUAAUGGUGUCAGUAGAAAACAAUGAAAUUUAUUUGAGAAUUUAAAGGUCGCACAUGAAAAUGUAUCCUGUCUGAUAGAUUUCAACUGUUCUCCACCAAACAACAAUGUGAAAAUUCAAGUUUAAAAAUAAGCUUGCCUUACUCUGUUCACCAUUGUAGAAAUGAAGUCUCCAUUUAAUAUUUGUUUGUUACGUGAUAUUAAUCCUUUGUAUGUUUAUUGAAACUAGUUUCAAAGUUAUUGUCAAGUGUUUUUCUCGGCCACGCCGUCUUAGCUGUUGCUGCAUCUUAAAAGUCCUUUCUUAACAUUGGACUGACUGCAACAAGCCAUUUAUCAGCUGUUGGUUUCUACUAUAUCACUGAAGAGGAUUAUAUAUUCUUAGCAGAGUUAUAUGAAAUUUUGGGUGAAAAAAGAACAAAAAAUAACCUGGCCUGGUGUUGCUUCAAUCUAUAACGAUAUUGCUUAGAAAAAGAGUGAAAUGUAGAAGACAAAUAGGGUUAUUUCCAUGGAAUUUUAUUACCUUUUUAUAGAGAUUAUUAUUUCUGAUAGAAGAUAUUAGUAAAAACUGCUUUGGACUGGACCAAUAGGAGUCUAGAAUAAUACAUAAUGCACCUCAUAUGGUUUGUAGCCUUGUCAUCUGUCAGUGCUGUGAUUCCUAAAAUUGUAAGGAAAUAACCAGUAGAGGUGUAACUAUGGCCCCUCCCUCGGUUUUCUGUAUUCCAUGUAUUCGUGCCCCCACAGUUUUUCCAUGCCUUUUAAGGCCCUACCUGGGAUGUAAUUUUGUACAGUUUAUUUGCUUCUACUGUUGUUAGAUAAUUUAGAAUUGCAUUAAAAAAUAAAGAUUAUUCUGCUGCA